UGCGUCAGAGACCGCGGUUUGUUCCUGCAGCUGCACAGAAGACUAGCUUCAUGCAAAUACCGAGAGAAGAAGUCACACUCGACUGCCCGUCUGCGUUUCUCUUGAGAUAGAUGUGACAGCUAUGUAACAUCCUGGACGCUGUGCGAUAAGAUAUAUCAGUUUGGCUUCACUGCAGUUAAACUGACAUUGUUUAUCACAGUAUACGGGAGGAAAGCGCGUAUCUCUCCAGCUGUAACCUCGCGCGCGCGCUCCUGUGGUCAAUGCGUUGGCCGUGUGUUGAAUAUAUCUUCUGCACUUUGUCUGAGACACACUCCCGAAGAGGACGGAGACGGAGGAUUUCUCCCGGUUCGCCUGAUUAAUAUUAAUGCAGUAACGUGACUGGACGCGUCGGGAGCGCGUUGGUACGCGUUGCAUCCACACGGCACACGCUAGUCACGUCGCGGUUCAAUGGGUUCGACGCACGGUUGGCUCGCACACAUAUGAGAUUCUUUUAAGAUCUGUUUGUUUCUGAAAGCUCCCACCAGACUGUAAUCUGCAGCGGACCAGCAUGAGAACAGGCUAAAGCUAAAGGUGUCACCGGCCUCAUGCGGGAGCACACACCUCUUGUUCCAGACAGCAGAAGUGCAGUGAGGAUUUUGUGGUCUGAUAACAUGAGCAGGGUCAUCAGACAAUGGCAUUGUCAACCCAGCGGAAGGAUGCUUAUUGCUCUUCUGAGCUUGAUGAUGAUUUCAAUGGCCCUUUUGAAGCUGCCUGUGUUUCACACGGACCCAAAGCCUGUGCAGGUGCCGGUGGACCCCGUCUACCGAGAGCGUGUCCAGUCCUAUGUCCGAGGGAUACUGGCCCAAGAAUGCAGAACUUCUUUUGUCCGGCGGAGAAUGGCAGCUGAACAUUACAGCCCCACACCAGUGCUACAGCCCUUCUUGGACAAGAACACUGAUUUGCAUGAACAAAUAUUCCAAUAUUCUCCACCGUUUGGUUUCCUGGAUAUGAAGAACAAGCUUCAGGAGAUCCUGGACCUCCUACCAGCCUCCUCUGAGGAGAGACAUGGAGCGAGGGACUGCCGUCGAUGUCUAGUGAUUGGAAAUGGAGGGAUACUGAAAGGAUUAGGGCUCGGACCUCUUCUUAAUCAGUUCGAUACCAUCAUCAGAUUGAACAGCGGUCCUGUGCGAGGUUUCAGUGCAGACGUUGGGAACCGCACCUCCAUCCGGAUGAGUUAUCCUGAGGGAUCCCCGAAGGUCUGGGAAGACACCGAUGCGGAUCUCAGAUUUGUGGCUGUGAUCUAUAAGUCUGUCGACUUCGACUGGCUUCGUGCGAUGAUUACCAACACGUCCGUUUCGCUGUGGGACUGGCUGUUUUUCUGGCAGAAUGUGCCUGUGAGUGUCCCGCUCAAGGCCUCCCAGUUCCUUCUGCUGAAUCCAGAGAUUAUUCGAGAGACGGCCUUGGAUCUGCUUCACUAUCCCAGUAUUAGAAAACGGCUGUGGGGCUGGGACCAGAAUGUCCCUACGUUAGGGGUGUCUGCGCUCAAUCUGGCAACAUACCUGUGUGAUGAGGUGAGUUUAGCAGGCUUUGGCUAUAACCUCAGCCAGAAGGACGCUCCUCUGCAUUACUACGACCACAGACUCAUGACGUCCAUGCUGAAGGAAGCCAUGCAUGACGUGCACACCGAGACAGCUUUCCUCAAGCGUCUGAUAACAUCAGGCAGUAUAACUGACCUCACGGGAGGAAUCCACUGCAACUUCUGUUCAGGGUGA